AUGGAGGCCCCAAACACUCGCCUGCUUGCUGUAGGCGGCCUGUUCACGGUGCUCCUGUGCCUCGUCAUGCGCAUGUACGUUGUGCGCAAGGCGGAGGUGCUGUCCCAGCAGCCGCCAGCCGAAGUGCUGCAGCCGACGUCUCGGGCGGCGGAGCCCCAGUGGGCCGCCUUUCACGACACCCUGGCUGGUGAAGUGUCGGCGGCCAAGGCUGCUGGGGGCGUCCUCGACAUCGUAUUUUAUGGGGACUCUAUUUCGGAAAGCUUCAGGGGCAGCGUUGCGGGCACGGUUGUGGAAGGGUAUAGCGGCAACAUGGCGGCAUGGCGAGAGAUGAUGGGCACGCGGCGGGCCAUGGUGCUUGGGAUUGCUGGGGAUCAGACGAUGCACUUGCUGUGGCGGCUUCGUAAUGGGGAGGGUCCCAAAGGCCUCAACAGCAAAAUCGUGACGGCCAUGAUUGGCACCAACGACAUGAUUUACCUCACCUUUCUCUACCCAGAUGACGAUCAGCGCGUCAUCGCCGCCAUUGUUUCCAAGGUGCAGCGGUGCGUGCGUGAGUUGCAGCAGCAAUCACCACAAGCCAGCAUCGUCCUGUUUGGGCUGCUGCCGCUGCAACGCACACGAACAGACUGGCCGCAUGCUGAGUAUAACGGCAAGGUAGCAGCGACCAACCAGCAGCUCCAGGCAUUUGUGCAGCAGCAAGGCUCUGAGGAGCUCAAGUUCAAAGACUGUGGCGGCGACUUCCUUCUAGCCAACGCCACGGUGGACUUGAGGCUGAUGCCUGACGGCAUCCAUCCAGCAGGCGAUGGCGCGCGAGUGCUGUUGAGCUGCAUGCUGCAGGCGUUGGGCGACUGA